AUGUUGGAGGGAGUGGUGUUGGCUGACCUCACUGGGGGAUGGACCCACACCCUGGAAGUGGUGUCGGCCGACCUCACUGGGGGAUGGAUCCACACCCUGGAAGUGGUGUCGGCUGACCUCACUGGGGGAUGGAUCCACACCCUGGAAGUGGUGUCGGCCGACCUCACUGGGGGAUGGACCCACACCCUGGAAGUGGUGUCAGCCGACCUCACUGGGGGAUGGACCCACACCCUGGAAGUGGUGUCAGCCAACCUCACUGGGGGAUGGACUCACACCCUGGAAGUGGUGUCAGGCCGAUUUCACUGGGGGAUGGACACAGACCUCACCACCUGGAAGUAG